AUGUUUGUGGUAGCCUUGUAUGGUAUGUACGUGCAGCUACACUUCUUGUGGACCAGAAGUAGAAGCUACACGACGAGUUAUCGGAACAACGUACAUUAUUUUAGACCACUGACAGUGGUGGCUUGUCCCAUGCUUAAAAAGUAUGAUUUUUAAUUCUAUAAGAAGCAAAAUUGAUAUAAAAGUGUCGGUAUUGGUGGUAGCAGGUAAAGAAUGUUAACCCAAGUUUAUCAGUUUUAGUGGACAGCAUUUUCCGCGAGCUUCUGAUUGUGGUGAUGAUGGGUCUAACCUUACUAUCAUUACAGAGUAUGUACUAUUUAUUAACCUUUUAUUAAAACUUAUAGUAGAAGGUCCAAGUGGAGGUUAUUUUAGUUUUUCACCAAAUCUUGCAGAAAAACUGUUUAUUUACUAAAUAAAAACUCAGAAAAAUAGAGUGCCAAUUUUUCGCUCAAGCAAACGGUUUGAAAAUUUAAUUGCUGAGCCUUUGGCAACUUUUCGCUUCGGUUCACCUUGACUUUUUAAAUUAAAAUUUUGAAAUUUUGUUAAGCAGUAUUUUGCCAACUUCUGUGUGAGGAGACUUUUGAUUUGCAAAGUUCAAAAAAAAAGCUGUUGGGUACGUCAGUUCUUUUAACUUUUAGUACAGUGGAACUCCUGUAUAACGACUCUUCUAUAACGAAAUUUCCGUAUAACGAACAAAUUUUGAAUCCCUAAACGAUUCGGAUACAGGAGUUCCACUGUGUUUACAUUUUUGAAUUUUGCAGUUUAUUUAACUUUGUCAUUUAGAUGCGGUAUUAUGCUUGAUACAACGUUAUUUGACUGUGCCUUAUCAUGUAUGUGGACAGUAUCUGGAUACUGUGUCAAGAUGACAGCCAAGCAAGAUGUUGAACCAUGGAAAAUGAGUAAGAUUUAUUCUUUUGUUUACUAUCAUAUGUGUCAUAUUAUAAUUUUAGGUAAAGUACGGUACUUCCGGUUGAUAUUGUCGACCGAUGAUGUCAAACAGCUGUCAGAAGUAAGUUUCGGAAAACUAUAGAUGUCAAUUUUCAGAUAUACGUGUUGUAUUCAUCAGCCAGGCUAAGUGCUCAACAUUUGCCAUUGUUUCGAACACCGUCCUUUACAUUGAAGCGAGGAAAGAUGACAACGUACGAAGUUACAGGGAUUACAGCGGUCGGUUUUUUGGAUUUUUAAGUUUUAAAAUUGAUUAAAACUGACGAUUUUAAUUGGAAUGCAGUUUUUGCAAAUUGUAAUUGUACUUUUAAAGCUUAAGUAGUGAUUGAACUUUUAAUGUUUCACUUUGCAUAUUAAUAUUGCUUUUGUAAUGCAAUCAACGUAAUGUACAGGAAGACGACUCCGACCAACAAUGGAAGAGCAAUCUCUGUGUCUGGAAGAAGUACAACCAGCUGGUUACUUCACGGCACUGUAACGGUCAUCGACUAUACUCGAGGUAAGUUUACCACAAAGACAAUCCUUUUACAACAUAAACAUACUCGAAUAUGUAAACAACACGACAUUAACAUGUGUAUCAUAACAAGUUUCUUUCUGGUAAUGUAACAUUUCAGUCAGAAUGUCAGUGAUGACGUAUACAAACGGAACGAGUGCACACUUUCUGUUGCUAUUAAAGGUACUUUGACUUGUAUUACACUUUGAACGUAUUGUCAUUGCAAUUUAAAGGUUUUACACUAUUGAGUGCAAUAUGUAAGGUAAUACGUUGCAGCCGUCACUGACUGUAAGACCAAGUCUAUGUCGUCACUAAUUGUCGGUUAUACGACGUACUCGAGUGUUGGACAAAGGUAAAACAGUUUAACGACAGUACAGUAUAUAAUUCCAUGUUUAAACAGUUAAUUAAUCAUAAAGGGCAUACACAACAUGUUUUUUCUUUACUACUUUCAACACUUUUUCAUACGUUGAUUUAGGAACGGAACACAAAGUAAAUGUGACAUAACCGCGAGGAAUGUAUACCAACGAAGAAAUACAGUAUCUACACGUAAAGGAUGGCAAAUACUCAGUAAGGUUACUGUAACUUUAUAAUUAAAAAUAGAAGUCUAGUAGACUUACGUUACAGACAUUUGCAAAAUUUGACAUUACUUUGUGUACUUUUUUGGAGAUUAACUAAAGAACACUACUUCUUAAGCAAAGUUUACUUUGUAAUCUUUCUUAACACGACAAUUACAAAGUAGACUGUUUAGAAAUACCAAUCUCAAUGUUGUAUUAGUUUAUUGUACUACGGUUAACACACAGCGUUAAUUACAUAUUAUGGUAUAUUAGCUAGCGGAAAUAAGUUAAACGAAAGCAAAGAGUGGAGACCUGAAGAUUCAGAAGGCAGUAUUCAACAACAUACACGUUCACGGAGUUCUUCAUCUGAACAUCGCUGACGACAGCAGGCUUGCGUUAUCGUGUUACCGAACCGCGACUGUUUGGUGCAGUGCUCGCACAGCUUGGCGAUGUGCUCCAUAA